AUGGAAAAAAGGAUAGAAGUCCAUAUAUGUUUUCAUGAAGAUGAUGAUAGCAAAUGUACGCGAACGAGAUUAAUACUAAAUAAUAAUAAUAAUAAUAAUAAUAAUAAUAAUAAUAAUAAUAAUAAUAAUAAUAAUAAUAAUAAUAAUAAUAAUAAUAAUAAUAAUAAUAAUAAUAAUAAUAAUAAUAAUAAUAAUAAUAAUAAUAAUAAUAAUAAUAAUAAUAAUAAUAAUAAUAAUAAUAAUAAUAAUAAUAAUAAUAAUAAUAAUAAUAAUAAUAAUAAUAAUAAUAAUAAUAAUAAUAAUAAUAAUAAUAAUAAUAAUAAUAAUAAUAAUAAUAAUAAUAAUAAUAAUAAUAAUAAUAAUAAUAAUAAUAAUAAUAAUAAUAAUAAUAAUAAUAAUAAUAAUAAUAAUAAUAAUAAUAAUAAUAAUAAUAAUAAUAAUAAUAAUAAUAAUAAUAAUAAUAAUAAUAAUAAUAAUAAUAAUAAUAAUAAUAAUAAUAAUAAUAAUAAUAAUAAUAAUAAUAAUAAUAAUAAUAAUAAUAAUAAUAAUAAUAAUAAUAAUAAUAAUAAUAAUAAUAAUAAUAAUAAUAAUAAUAAUAAUAAUAAUAAUAAUAAUAAUAAUAAUAAUAAUAAUAAUAAUAAUAAUAAUAAUAAUAAUAAUAAUAAUAAUAAUAAUAAUAAUAAUAAUAAUAAUAAUAAUAAUAAUAAUAAUAAUAAUAAUAUUAAUAAUAAUAAUAAUAAUAAUAAUAAUAAUAAUAAUAAUAAUAAUAAUAAUAAUAAUAAUAAUAAUAAUAAUAAUAAUAAUAAUAAUAAUAAUAAUAAUAAUAAUAAUAAUAAUAAUAAUAAUAAUAAUAAUAAUAAUAAUAAUAAUAAUAAUAAUAAUAAUAAUAAUAAUAAUAAUAAUAAUAAUAAUAAUAAUAAUAAUAAUAAUAAUAAUAAUAAUAAUAAUAAUAAUAAUAAUAAUAAUAAUAAUAAUAAUAAUAAUAAUAAUAAUAAUAAUAAUAAUAAUAAUAAUAAUAAUAAUAAUAAUAAUAAUAAUAAUAAUAAUAAUAAUAAUAAUAAUAAUAAUAAUAAUAAUAAUAAUAAUAAUAAUAAUAAUAAUAAUAAUAAUAAUAAUAAUAAUAAUAAUAAUAAUAAUAAUAAUAAUAAUAAUAAUAAUAAUAAUAAUAAUAAUAAUAAUAAUAAUAAUAAUAAUAAUAAUAAUAAUAAUAAUAAUAAUAAUAAUAAUAAUAAUAAUAAUAAUAAUAAUAAUAAUAAUAAUAAUAAUAAUAAUAAUAAUAAUAAUAAUAAUAAUAAUAAUAAUAAUAAUAAUAAUAAUAAUAAUAAUAAUAAUAAUAAUAAUAAUAAUAAUAAUAAUAAUAAUAAGAGAAGUUCAGUUGGCAAAGAAACAAUCAGAAAGAAUUCUUUCGGUUAAAAACGUUACUUUCACUUUUGUAAAAGUAAAAGAAAUUUAUAGCAGGAUAGCCACUGGCUUCUACUCUGAGCCAUGUCUGAUAAAGUCUCAAGCCACUGUGUUGCACCAUCUCUAGGACUCCAACCAUGGAGUCGUGAAAGAUCGACAGAAGCCUGUCCUGUACAACUUUCUUUCGUGCAACGAAACCAUGUCAUGCACUGACGAUCUCAACAAUUUUCCAAACAAGUCCCCAGUGUCGACAAUUAUUGCGCGAUGAGGGAUUGGCCAGGACGGUAUUCGUAGCACAUAUCCGAGCAAUCGGAGUCGGUGUUUCAAGAUGGUGACAUCAAUUGAGUUAACAUUGCUUUACUCGAAUAAACGUUGCCGUACCUCUGAGUUAAUACGGCGUUGUCAUUGAAUGUCAGCGAUCCCUCGGAGACAACAGUGGUCAAACACAGUCUUCUGACAUCCUCGACUCGAAAAGGCCAGGUUUCAGAAGCAUAGAGCAAAGCUGCCCUCACCGACGCCUAGUAGAUCCAACCUUUUACGGCCAAACUAAAAUCAUAAAGGAACCAAAUACAAUCCUGAUUGGCAUAAGCCGCUUUGUCUUACAACUUGGUUUACUAUGUGUAAUACACAACCCAUGUAAACCAAAACGCAAAUCCUUUAAUCUGUACACCAUUAUAUAAUCCGAUACCGCAUAUGAUGAAAAAGAAUGCCGAUUAUAUGAAGUUAUAGUUACUUGGAAUAGUUAGCUGUUAUGUUUGUUAAAGCUGGAAUACUACUACUGAUUCGUCUUGCUCGAAAGGAACGAAGAAUCAAUGAUUCAGAGACUCGAUAGCUAUUGUGGUUCGCUGUCCCCGACUCAGCUAACUCGAUCAAGAAGUCUGGAUGAGGCGUAGAAAGUGUAUUCUACAGGCAAACCGCAGAUUACAAGUCAAGUCAAGCACACAAAUCAAGCGUAUUUAUACAAAUAUUUACAAUCGAUAUUGUCAUGGAAAAUUUUUAAACAUUAAUCAAUAAGUUCAUCAAUUGACCCCCAUACAAAUAUUUAAACAUUUAAUCGAUAAGAUAAAAUUUAAAAAAAAACAUGAGUUUUGGGGAUCUAUCGUGCCCAACAUUAACUAAUAGCACUUACUGUUUAUUGACAUAGAACGAUAAU